AUGCUGAUUCACAUCAUCAUCUGUCACUACAUGCUGCGCUUCAUGUACGUCAGCUCGAGGGACCUCGGGAGCUUCGACAGCGCCUUGGGCGCCCGCGUCGGCGGCGCGCGCGAGCUCGUGCGCGCGGGCGUCGCGCUCAGACUGAAACGGUCGACGUUCGCGCCGGGCUCGCCGUUGUACUUCGACGCGAAAGCCGUGGCGGACCGACGACUCGGUUCCUUCUACGGCGCGAUAUGGGGCGCGCUCGCGCCGCUCGCGCAGGUGUGGGUCUUGCGCCGCGCGCCCAAGUUUUACGAGAAGCACUUCGAGGUGAUGAGCUUUCACACGCUGCUCGCGACGACGACGGCGACGUUUCCGUCGAGCCUGGCGCCCGCGUGGAUGAUCGAGGUGGGACGACUGACGUUCCAGGCGCGUUCUCCUUCACACUGGUCCCCAUACGACCGCGUUGGCGUGGUGAACGCCGAUCCUUAA